AUGCAUGAAAACACCUCGGAAAGGGUCGGAACAUUUAAAUACCUACGGAAAAUAGCGGAAAAUGGAAACCUGGACGCGGAAAUAAAGCAUGGGGUGCAAGCAGGAUGGAGGAACCGGAAAAAGGAGUCAGGAGUAUUUUGUAAUAGAAGAAUAAUUGCAAGGUCGAGGGGUGGGAUUUAUUUAACAGUGGUGAGACCAGCACUGUUGCAUAUAUCUGAAACAUGGGCGACAAAGAAAACGCAAGAAAAGGAACUAGGUGUUACCGAAAUAAGAAUGCAUAGGUGGAUGCGUAGAGCAAAGAAGCAUGACAGAGUCAGGAAUAAGAGAAUCAGAGGGAACGGUUAA